GUGGCAAGUUCAGACAGCCGAGAAACGUUUGAAGCCCAGGCCGAGAUAAAUAAAAUCAAACAAGAGGCCAUUGGCAGAGAGAAAAAUAUUAAUAAAAAAAAUAUUAAACUACAGUUUAGUUUAAAAAAGAAAUAACAACAAAUUAGAGCGCAAAUCAUCGCUUGGAGCCACUCGAAACACGUUGUUGCCGCCGCCGUCGUAGUCGUGGUCUCUCUUUCGCCUUCUCGCCGUCGCGUAACGUAAGCGUAUUACAAAACAAACGCCAACGUAAUCAGAAAAUAAUAAAAAUACAAAUACUAGUGCUGUCGUUUAGUGCGUGUUUCCCCAGUGUAAAUAGUAAAUAAAUUGGCCCCGAAUAAAGCAGGGACUACCUAUACCUACGCCCAUUAGGGGUGCCGCACACCCCCGCCCCCUCUCCAACGGAAAAAAUAUAGCAAAAAUUUAACCCGUGUGUGCGGCGGGGUUACGUAAAGCCGUUCCAAGUUCUUACAAAACACAAAAAAAAAAAGCGAAUAACAAAAAAUACAACACAUAACACGAGAAAAGUUACGCGCACGCCCAACACAAAAAUAACAACAAAUACGUAUACAAAUACACAAAUACAAGUGCGAGAAAAAAAAAGCGGGACAGGAAAAUAUAUUCCCGAAUUCCCGUUCUUUUUGCACGCGUGUGGCAAUAAAUUUUUUGGCAAACAAAAAAAAUAUAAAAGCGAAUCAGGAAAAAAAAUUUAUAAAAAAAAAAAAAUAAUUUUAAGAAAUCGCAAGAAGAAGAGGGAGAAUUUCGCGUGUGCUUCUGUGUUUAUGUGUGUGUGUGAUUCUCGAGAGCAACAGAGCGAGCUAUCCCCGCCACCCCCUUUUUUGGGCUAAAAACACAAGGAGGCGCGGUCCAACAGCGACAGAUGCCUCGCCGCCUCUGUCAAAACUUCUUCUUCAGUUCAACCAAAACCGUGAAAAGCAGAGCACGCCCGAGAUUAGUUUCGAAAUAAUCGAAAUAAUUGAAAUAAAUGAAAGAAUAAGUGUGCGGGCCGCGCGAGAGUGAAGUGAAGUGAUGAUAGAUAGAUAUUAUAUGGUAUCUGAAAGAUAGAAUAUAUUUCCGAGGCAACGCAGCCGCGCUACGUGUUGCAUACGUGACUGCAGGCAGCUCUACCCUCCGAUCGAAAUCGAAAUAAAACCAAACGGGGAAUACGCCCGCGCGACAACUAUAGAGGAGGAAUGCCGCUGUCGCAGGGCUACUGCGUGAAGCCCUCCUCGCUGGGCGCCAAGAAGCGGGUGCUGAAGGUGCUCCGUAAGGAGCAGCACGACCAGGAGCAGCAGCACCGCCACCACCACCGCCAGCCACACAAUGUCGGGGUACAGUGCUACCUGGCCGGCGACGACGACAGCCAGAGCUCGCUGCACCUGUCCUACUUGGUGGGCGAGUCCUUCGCCAAGAUCGGCAGCCUGCCCAAGGCCUUCGAUGUCUACGAACUGAUAGCCAGCCGGCAGUGUGAUGGCCAUGUCCCCCUGGACAAGCUGAACAUCCUGGCCAGCGCUUUGACCUCACACAUCCGGCAGAUGGGAGGCAUAGCCACAAGCACAGCCAAUCCCGCAACCACCGCGUUGAAAAGUCCCAGAAUGGACAUGAUGCCCUGGUCGCGGUAUCAUCAUCAGGAGAAGCUUAAUCAGGGAUCAGAGUUCCUGCCCGGAGCAAGGGAAUCCCCCAACGAGUCCUUUGGUGCAGCCUCUCCCCUGGAUUUGCACUCGCCCACGCGAGAACUAAGAGUUCCCAGUCCUCUGCAGGACCCCGAGGACUAUGAUCCCUUGCUGUGCCCGCUGUGCAACGACAUCCUGCGCUGCCCGGUGACCACCAACUGUGGCCACACCUUCUGCCGGCAGUGCUGCGAAACGAUCACGCAGUGCAACAUCUGCCAGGUGCGUUUUCCGCGGAUGCAGGACUCCUCGCCGCCCUGCGCCCUGACCACCACCACGACCACGGCAAGCGGUCCAGCGGUUCAGGCCAGCUUCUUUGCGGCGCCCACAACAAACCACAAUAAUGCGAACCUUGGACUGAUGAGCUUUCCCGUGGGUUAUGGAGUUCAGCUGGCAUCUAGUGUCCAUAGGUUGGCGGCACCGCCCAUGACGGUGACCACCACUACGGUGGCUUCUACCACGGCCACGGCCACCACCACCAUGGCUUCGACUUCGGCAGCAGCAGCUCUGGGACUGAGUGGCUAUACCUCUGGCCACCAUGGUGGUUCGUCUGCCAUGAAGUUCAUGCCGGAUGUUUUGGUGCGCCGAUUGGUGGAGAAAUGGUGGGGCCCGGACCUGCAGGCCAAGAAAAUCAGCGAGAAGGCCAGCAGCUGUAUGCACCUCAACCUGCUCGACGAUGCCCUCAAGUUUUGCAAUGCAAGCUUGGAGAAAGCGCCUGCAAAUUUCAAGAGUCUCUGCCUGCGUGCCGAAGUCUUGCUCAAACUGAGUCACUAUCAAAGUUCUCUGGCGGAUAUUGAGAAUGCGCUAAGAACGCGCUGCACUUCGCCCAAGGCUCACUAUUUGAGGGCUUUGGCCUUGAGCGGCUUGGGUAGACUGGAGGAGGCUUUGUACAAUGGUUUUUUGGCUAUUUGCCUUGAUAAGAAUACAAAUCUCAGCAACUCGGAAAUAUUUCAACAUGAUCUCGCCAAGAUUCUCCAACGUCUCCUGGCCCAAAUGCCCAAGACUCGAUGCUCGAUCACCGCCUCAGCUCAUCCUGGUGUCCAGCAGCAGCACCGCAGCUACGCCAGCUCAAGGCAACCCUAUCCCCUUUUGUGGGAGCAGGUUACAAGACGGAGGAAACAGCAGCACCAUCACCAUCACCACCACCUCCAUCAUCACCAUCACCAUGUCCAUUUGGACGAUGUGGAGGAUGAGUUUGGUCACUAUGACAACUACAUAAUGGCCGGCGAUGAUAUGGAGGAGGAGGUAGAAGUGGAGGUAGAUGGCGGUGAGCCUGGAUCCCUGCAUCUGGACGGCGACUUUCUGUUUCCCAGUGCUCUGGACUUUAUGGAUCACCAUCGCCAUCAGCGGCAUGUCUUUGAGCAGAAGCAAUUCGAUUUGCAGCCACGCCGACAUGCCAAUCGGAAGCACUGCAAGCGGAAAUGGUCGGCGGCCAUGGGUAGCGGUCGCGUGGCAGAGGAGGAGGAGAAUGUGGAUCAGACUGAGGUGGCCGGAGGAGGAAGUCAGCGGUGUAGCCGCCUAUUUGCUGGUGUUUUAGAGCGCACGCAGCAGGAGCUGCAGCGACUGAGAAAGCUGGAAGAAACGGGCCCAUCGCUGGCGGUGAGCGCGGUGGCCGGUCAGCUGAUCGAUGCCAGUGACUUUGACUGCGUGGUGUGCUGCCGGACACUGUGGAAGCCGGUGGUCACCCCCUGCGGACACACGUACUGCCUGGUAUGCUUGGAUCGUUGCAUGGAUUACAACUCCCCGUGUCCAUUGUGCAUGUCACCACUUGUGGAAUUCAAUGUCAAUGCCAGUGCCAGUGCCAGUCAGAAUCAGAAUCAGAUCCACCUGCAUCCGGGCUCAUCCUCGCCAGUUCCUUUCGCGCUGGCCAAGCGGCCAGUGACGAAGUUCCUAGAAGCCGCAAUGAAACGAUUCAUUCCAGACCACUACGAGGCGCGUUUUCGUCAGGAGAUUGACCAGGAGCCCUCCGUUCCUGUAUUCAUCUGUACGACAGCCUUUCCGGCUGUGCCAUGUCCGCUAUUUGUGUGCGAGCCCCGCUACCGGCUGAUGGUGCGGCGUGCCGUUGAGUCCGGCGACAAGACCUUUGGCAUUGUCCAGCCAAAUAGCGGCAAGUCGCGCUACUAUGAUGUGGGCACCAUCCUGGACAUUCGCGACUGUGUACAGCUGGGCGAUGGCUGCUCUAUUCUCAGCACCAUUGGCUGCAAGCGCUUCAAGAUACUGGCGCGCAACGAGAAGGAUGGCUAUGAGACAGCCAAAGUGGAGUACAUCUGCGACGAGCCCAUUGCCGAGGAGCAGGUGAAGAUCCUGGCUGGAAUGCAGGGAGUGGUCUUGGCCAAGGCCAGCGGCUGGUUUGAGAGUCUGAGUACAGAGCAAAAGCAUGAGAUCCUGCAGAGCUAUGGCCAGAUGCCACCGCUGGAGCCCAACUGGGAGCUGAUUAGCGAUGGGCCGGCGUGGGCCUGGUGGGUCAUUGCCCUGCUGCCACUUUCCCAGCAGCUGAAGGUGGAUAUCUUGGCCACUACCUCUUUGGAGAAGCGUCUGCGUGCCAUCGACAAGACCCUGGACUGGCUGCACGAUCUCAGGCAUCCGCAGCAGCCUACGCACCACCACCAGCAGGCGCCUCAGUCCCCGCAGCAGGCACACCACCACCUCGAUCUCGACUGCGAGGAGCAGGAAACGGGCUCCUCCGGAGCCGAUGAGUGCUGUCUGUUUGCGGAGAACGGAUCUGAGCCGCACACGGAUGAAGAACUGUUGCUCUAGAAGAAACUCCCAAGAUAGAUGGGAGUUUAACACAUUAAUUAAAAGUCGAGACGAAAUACAUUUUGUAAAUUCUGUGUCUAAGCCAUUUCGUUUGUAAUCGAACGUUACAUGUUAAUCCUAGGGGCCAAAACCGAAAGCGAGCAACUUUAGCAGAACCAAAAUUAUCACUAGAUCAGCAACAACAUAAUCUUUAGCUCUAACCUAUAACCCUGUGUGUGUGUGUGUGUACGUAUAGUGUAAAGUAAAUUAGAGGAGAGAAUAUAUAUAUUUAAUGACACGACAAACCCAGUGAAACAAUCAAAAACCAUUUGCUUUUGGCUCAAAAACCCCGUUCACCAUGAAACCUAAUUUCCCCAGAUCAACAACAACAACAACCACAUUCCACAAAGUCUUGAAAAUAUAAUAUAUAUGUUUGCCAUAGCGAAAGGAGCAAGGGAAGUAAAAUCAACUUUAACAAACAGAACUCAUGGUUUCUACAAACAAAAUACACAAAUUUUUGAACAUAAAACAAUUUUAAAAUUAAAAAGAAAAUACCAAUUCAAAGGCCAACAAACAUACACCUAGUAAAAAAUAAAACAAAAUAUAAAGUCGGUUAGGAAAGAGCAAAGGAAACAAACUCUUACAAAACUUUAACUUCUCUUCAUUUACUUUGUAUAAAGCGGCUGGAACUCUAAGACAAUCUGCAAUAUUUUUUUGAUAUACCUAAACGAAACUAAAACUAAAACUAAAAAAACUAUAAACUAUAAACUCUAUAUACAAGAAAUAAAUAAGUAAAACUGAACUAGCGACUAGUUAUGAAGAAAGUGAAUGAUAGGAGAACAAAUGUGUACAUUUUCAAAUUGAUUUUCUGUUGAUUAAACCAAAACACACACUCUCUAUAACCACCCCCUACUCUCUCUCUCUCUGUCUUGAUUAUGCUAAGGCCAACUAAUGAUAUGCUCACCUAUAUAUACACCUAUAUAUACGAUUCUAUAUGCUAAACGCUUGUUUCUGUAUUCGUAUCUGUAUCUUCAGCCCGCAUUCCUAUUGAAGAGCUAUAACUUUCGAUAUAACUUUGCCUCGUCUUUGAUUUCUACUCUUACUUCUACCUCUAAGCCUCUCACGCCCAUUUCGUUUAUUAUUUGCUCCACCGCCCCCCCAAGCUCUCCCUUGUAAAGCAAAUCAAUUUUAAAAACAACAAUUUGCUUUAUCAGUCGGCACAUCCUUAUCUUUGUAAAUAUCUUUUAUCUGAUAAUCUUAAAGCUCUAUAUGUAUAUGUAUCUUCUACGUUAGCUAUAGAUCACGAAUUUAAUUUUCAGCUCAACACAAAAUGAUUAUCUAAAUCUAAAUCAAAAGAGUUUGUCAAGUAAAUAUUUAUAUAAUUUUAUACAACUUAUAUACACGUACACCUAAAUUAAAUCAUUUUACAUUUAAGUUUAGCAACUAAAUGGAACACCCAAAAUCGACAUCAUUUUUUAUUGUGUCUACUUUAUAUGGAUAAAUUAUUAUGUAAAAUCUAUAUAAAAAAAAAAAACAAUAUAUAUAUUUCAAAUUUCUAAAAUGCUUAAGAUUUAAUCAGCAAACAUCUUUUCUCUGUGUUUUUUGUGCUAAACGAUUUUUUACUGGUACUUCUUAAUUUAAUAAUGAUGUAAA